AUGGACGGGCAACACGCUCAGUACCUGCAGGGAGGGCAGGAAGGCAAGGAGGAUGAACGCAGUCGGAAUGAGCAACAACAGUACACCGCCCAACCCCCUCCGCCACCUCCAGUCCACUACCCUGCCACGAGCGCAGCCACCUCCCCUCCUGCCUCGGCAUCACCUUUUGCCUUUGCCCCACCCCCAUUAUCCUCAACUCCAAGCGAACAAAGCUUGAGCCGACCUCCCCUCCCCCUCCAUCACUCGGAACCACCACCCCACAAUCCCCAAUAUCAGGCCUACCCUCCCAAGCCGCCUCCCGUUCCCCACCACAACAGCUUCCCCACCUACCCGGGUAGCGCAUACCCCAGCAGCGUCCCGAUGGGUGCUCGAUCAUUUUCCAACGGAACACCGCGGGGAUCACCCCUCCAAUCCCAUAUGCCACGCCCAGCACCCGCCUCGGAGGGUCCGAGCGCCACAUCCCCCGCUCUCGCCCACGCCCAUUCGGACAGUAGCUAUCCCUACCAGCGGCAGCUCUCAUAUAACGGUAGCGCCCAGCCCCAGCAUUCCCCACUCCAAAUGCACCAGCAAUCGCCCCAACGCAGCAUGUACCCUCAAUAUUACGCGGGGCCUUAUGGCGGUCAGCCACCUCCCGGACCGGGCGGAGCCGAUAUGCCACGCUCACUUUCGUACCCCUCCGCUAUGCAGCACCCCCAUCACCCUUAUCACUCCGCCUACCCUCACCAACCUCACCCCAUGUCUCACCCACCCCUCGGCGCGCCAUACGAGCAAUAUCAGCACCCCCCUCCUCAAAUGCAUCGGAACGUCAGCGCGUCAGUCAUCACCGGUAUGGCAGAUAUGGACAUCGGGCGUCAGCCAGUCAGUACCGGGGCCUAUGCUCCCUUCUCUACCCGUCUUCCGCUCGUGGAUCGGCCGUUUAAGUGCGAUGAAUGUGUCCAAAGCUUUAAUCGGAACCACGAUCUCAAGAGACACAAGCGGAUCCACCUGAGCGUCAAACCGUUCGGAUGCGAUAAAUGCGGCAAGACCUUCUCGCGGAAGGAUGCUCUUCGUAGACAUUGGCUUGUUAAGGGAUGUCGAGGCGAAGAUGGAGCUACUGCGCCAAUCAUUCCACUCUUCCCAAUCAACGGCACGCCCGGUCUCUCGCCCCCUUCCCCCGCUAUCAACCAUUCCCCGGUUGACGGUCAUUUCCCUUCCUCCAGCAUGGGUUAUGGUCACCCGUCUGCCCCUCCACCGCUUACUUCCCUCCCCCCCCGUCAAUCAAGCGAUCAGCAGAUCCUCGUCACGCCCAAUGAGCUCGCCGCUCAGAGCUCGGCCCGAAGUAUCGCCGUUGCGGCUCCGCUCGAGGAGCCACUCGGACUCGAGCAGGGCAUGUCAGGUGCCGACUUGCGAGGCGACCCCGAUAGUGGCAGCUCCCACGAGGACGGCUACUUUGAGGGUGUCGUCGGAAUCAAGUCGGACGGUACCGCUGUGCUCGAAAAGGCGCAGAACAGCGCCGGCCCAUCGUACCCUCCCUCCGCCCAGCUUCCCCACCCCAACUUCCAUCACCCUUAUCGCCGUCACGUCUCCUCGCCUUAUCAACAAACCAACCACUCUCCCUCGACCACCCACUUCCCCACCUCUCGGCCGUACACCCCCUCGACUCUCGGUCAGGAUGGGAAACCGGUCUUCGCCAUGCCGUUUGCUCACAUGCAGCAGAUGGCCGGCGGAGGCAUGGGCAACACCGGCGUCGAGAUGGAGAAGCAAGCUAGCCAGAUGAGUCAGGCUAGCGAGACCGAGUACACUGCUGCUCCGAGAUGGCACCGCCCAUCUUUCCCCUUCCCGCCGACCAACAACGUGUACAACCCAAACUUUGACACGUCCGGUCAUAUGGACACCCCGCAGCACCACCCAGUGGCUCAAGGGUAUGGACGAUAG